AUGGCCAUUCGUUCGAUGAAGUUCACCCCCGAGGUCCUGCUCGGUGCACCCAGGCGGUCCUCAGCUGCCCCGAAUGCGGCCGGCACCCUAGCAGUCUACACCCAGACAUCUUACUCGUUUGAGUCCCAUUCCAAGACCAAUGAAAUCCGUGUGAUUGAUAUCGAGUCGGGCCGAUCUACCCUUAUCACCAAUGACCCCGGCGCCAGCAACCCGCAGUGGGUGGAUCACAGCGAUCAACUGGUCUGGUUGAAGACCAAGGCCAACGGCAACACAAGCUUCAUAGUGGGCGAUGCCCGCCAUGCAGAUAAUACAUAUACCGCGGGCACAGUUCCAGGACCCGUCUCGGAUCUGAAAGUAGUCGUCCUCGAGGAAGGAAAGGUUGGGUUCGCCGUGACAGGAAAGGCCAAUCCAGAUGGAUCGUUGUAUAAUCCUCAAGAUGCGAAGAAGCCGCAUACCACCGGCAAACUAUACACAUCGCUCUUUGUGCGACACUGGGAUUCGUAUGUUGAGCCCCAGAAGAAUGCGAUCUUCUAUGGCUUGCUGGAACAGGCGCCCUUGUCACCAGCCCGCAGAAGGGCUGGGAAGUACUCCGUCUCAGGUCUUACAAACUUGAUCGCGGUAUCGGGAUUGGCCGGCGUCGAGUCACCUAUUCCGCCCUUUGGUGGCACCGGCGAUUUUGAUAUCAGCCCAUCUGCUAUUGUGUUUAUUGCGAAAGAUCCCAACUUGAACCCCGCCACCCAUACUUCAUGCUCGUGUUACUAUGCUCCCAUGUUUUCGUGGACUAGCAUGAGUGAGCCUGAUGCGAAGAUCUGCAAGGUUACUGGUCUUCAGGGUGCGAUGUCGUCCCCUGUCCUCAGCUCAGAUGGUAGCUCUAUUGCACUGUUGGCAAUGCGCAAGGACGGCUAUGAAUCUGACAAGAAUCGGAUUCUGUAUGUUCCGAACCCGUGGAGUGGGGAGAUGAUUGAGAUCUUCCAAUCCGAUGAUGGUGAAGGACUUUGGGAUCUCAGUCCCUCGGUCGUGUCUUUUUCUCACGACGAUAAGUCGCUGCUCAUUCAUGUCGAGGAGGCCGGCCGUGGAGUCCUCUACCAGCUUCCAUUGCAUAAUCCACAGAAGGUUAAGCCUGACUCUCUCAAGAGGCUAACUGGCUCUGGAUACGUGAAUGAUGCUGUUCCUGCGGCUGCCAAGUCCUCCAAGCUGUUUGUGUCCAGCAGUAGCCUGGUCGAUAAUAGCCUGUGGACUAUCAUCGAUCCAGCACACCCAGAUGACGUCCAAAUGAUGUCUUCAAACGGACGGGGUGGCAGUGCGUUUGGUCUGUCCAGCUCCCAGGUUGACGAGAUCUGGUUCAAGGGAGCCGAAGACCAUCCCAUUCACGCGUGGGUCGUCAAACCCUCGAACUUCAAGCCUGGGGAGCAAUAUCCCCUUGCAUAUCUUAUACACGGCGGACCCCAAGGUGCAUGGAAUGAUCAGUGGAGCACGCGCUGGAACCCUGCUGUUUUCGCCGAACAGGGUUAUGUUGUGAUCACCCCCAACCCAACCGGCAGCACUGGUUAUGGCCAGCCCUUCACCGACGGAAUCCAAGGACAAUGGGGCGGCCGGCCCUAUGAAGACCUGGUCAAAGGCUUCGAGUAUAUUGAAACGCAUCUAGACUACGUCGACACUACGCGGGCGGUAGCGCUGGGCGCUUCGUACGGCGGUUACAUGAUGAACUGGAUCCAAGGCCACCCGCUCGGACGCAAGUUCAAGGCGCUAGUCACCCACGAUGGUGUGUUUAGCAUGACGUCCCAGCUGGCUAGUGAAGAGCAAUACUUCCCUCUGCACGACCUGAAAGGGCCGAUCUGGAAGGUUCCUGAGAACUGGGCGAAGUGGGAUCCGUCGCGCUUCACAGAACACUGGCAAACGCCUCAUCUGAUCAUUCACAAUGAGCUGGACUACCGUCUGACCAUUGCCGAAGGGCUGGCUGCAUUUAAUGUACUCCAAAUGCGUGGUGUUGACAGUGCGUUCCUUACAUUCCCUGACGAAAACCACUGGGUUUUGAACCCCGAGAACUCGCUCAUGUGGCACCAAACGGUUUUGAACUUCAUUAACAAAUACGUGGGCCUCCCGGCUGUGUCAGAAGAAGCUGACCUGACACGCGGGGUGGCUAAUAUGUCGCUGUGA